AUGCUGCUCGACUCAAUUAACACCGGAAGGGCCACUUUUGCCAAACUGAUUGUCGGAUCCGGAGAAAGGCAAGAUGGCAUCUCGAACUGGCUACGUGAUGGUGAAUCACAAACGACGGACGUCGAGAUCCGUGACGUUGCCCUCAAUCUCACCGGAAGGGCUGACCCUCCAGCCAUGACUGACUCAUUUGCGUACUGCGUCAACUGCGUGUGGGUGUGUAAGGUCGCUACCGAGACUAUGCGCUGGACCGAAGCAAGACAGUUCCACGAGUGA